UCUUUAGGAAUGCUUUAAAGUCUGCAGCUUUAAGCAGUCCCUCAAUUAGGUUUAGAAUGCUUCCGAGAUGGCCCAGUCUCCAUAUUUAGCAUUUUCCAUGUUGCUGAACUCGAGUUCUUCAAUAGCACAUCCAUCAAGCUCAGACUUGAAGUCAGUAACCGAGGAUAGUUCAAUAUUAUAGGGAAUCAAUGACACUCAGGGUUUAUUCUUAAUCACGAUGAAUAGCUGAGCUAUCCUCUUUUGCCUGAUGUUAAAGUUGCUGAGAAUAAUAUGUUCCUCCACUUGACCAUUAAGCAUAACCACUUGUGGGCAUAAAACCAUCAAUAUCUUAGAAUUAUCUACCAGGAUUGAAAAUAAAAGCUCUUUCUUUACUCGGAGAGCAGGUAAUGACAGGUGGAGUGUAUUCAUCUUUAUAUUUGCAUUCUUCAAUACCUAAGCUGGAACAUGUAGGUACCCUAGUCAUGAUUUUCCCUGAGUCGAUAAAUGCUAAAAUAUGUAAAUAAAUGCUCUUGAACAUCCUAAUUGUUAUGUAUCUCUUCUUCUUUCCUCUGAGAAUUACUUUCUCCUGCAAUAAUUCUUGGGCAGGUCUAAUAUAUGUCUUGUUCAAUCUGCAUAAGAUUUUAUGUAUAUUUUCUUAUAGGUGUUCAUGAUCCAUCUCUUCCUGAACAAGUUCCUCCUCUUAAAUUUGCUCAAGUAUCUGAACUUUAUUCUCAUGGUCUUCUUUAAUCUCUGAGAUCUUGGCUUGAUGUUCUUCUAUCUGAGCUUUCUACUUAGUCCAAGCACUAUCAGAUUCUUUAAUCUGGACUUUCAGGUCCUUUAGUAGUUGAAUCUUUUCUUGAGAAGCCUUUACAACUACGAGUAUAGCUUUACUAGAUUCUUCUUCAAAUUUAAAUCAUUUCACGAUUUUGUUCAAUCAUGUUUAAAGCAGCACUGGCUGUUUUCUUGUACAAGGUGCCAUUAUUUUCAUUACUAAUUUGAUCAUUAGUACCAUCACAGACUUUCCCUACGGCAAAGUCCAUGAACAGAGGCUCAUUCCUCAAACUAUUGAGUAUCUUCAUGACCUCUUAUUUAUGGAAUAGUAUUCAUCAGAAUUAUAGACGAUAGAGCAAUUGCUCUUGGAAGAGGUUAUCUGAGGCUUUGAGUUUGAAUAAUUCUUCUGAGACUUAGAGUUUGCAUCACUUUUCACAGCUUUAGGUUUCUUGGUCGAUAGCUGGCAAUUCCUGUUAUAGUUAUUCUCUUCUAUCCUGCUUUCUGCAGAUUUUAUGCAGAUUAUGUACUUUUCUAACUUCUCUUUUACCUCCUCGAGUUUAGGUUUUGGCAGAUAUAAGUAUUGUAUGUUUAGGUAAGUCCCUCUCAAAUUAGAACACCUCUAUCAUUUCGAUGCUCAGAGAAGUAGUUUAGUGUUUUAUUCAUUAAUUUUUCCAAUGCAUCAAAAUAAUGAACCGCUUGACUGGGAGAUACCUCAGGAAUUGAUGCUUCGUGGAGUACCUGAGUUUGUAUUGCUUGUUGAGCACAUAGAGACUAAACUCAGGUUUAGAGCUUCUGAAAUACCGAUACCUCGUGUUUGAAUCUUAAAACUAAGCGGACUCUAAAUUUUCAGGCGAACAACAAUAAGCUUA